AUGCUUGCCAGCUUAAACGAUCCAUAUUCUAGGUUCGUUUCGCCUAAGCAAUUCGCGGCAUUAGCUAAGUACGACGUUACUGGAAUCGGGUUGAAUAUAGGCGAGGAUGUGGAGGACGGGCGGGUGAAGCUGAAGGUGGUGGGAAUCGUGCUCGGCUCGCCGGCACAGCUAGCAGGCGUGCGGCAAGGGGACGAGCUCGUUUCAGUGGAUGGCACGAGCGUGCAGGGCAUGUCCGCAUUCGACGUAUCUUCGCUCAUCCAGGGCCCCAAAGGCACACUUGUGACCAUCGCCAUCCGCCACGACUUGUGCUCCCCUAUAGAGUCCCUCACUAUGGCGCGCGCUAGCGAAGUGCAGUCACCAGUACAGUACCCGGCAAAGCGUGACGUGGUAACCGCGAUCCAACGGCUAGAAGCAGCCGGGGCGACAUCCUUUGUCCUCGACCUACAGGACAACCCAGGCGGGCUCGUGCAAUCCGGGGUAGAAAUCGCAAAACUCUUUCUCGAGAGAGGGCAAACCGUGGUCUACACCGAGGCCCGCCCGGGUGAUUUACCCCAGAAAAGAAGCAUCGAAGCCACGGGAAAACCGCUCACUCGAGCCCCUCUAACCGUUCUCGUGAACGGCCGAACGGCCAGCGCUAGUGAGAUUGUAGCGGGAGCUUUGCACGAUAACUGCCGAGCCGUUUUGGUCGGGUCGAGAACGUUCGGAAAGGGGUUGAUCCAAUCCGUGUAUGAAUUAAAUGAUGGGUCGGGGAUGGUGGUGACGGUGGGAAAGUAUGUGACUCCUGGGCUGGUGGAUAUUGAUGGGAACGGCAUUGCAGCGGAUUUCAGAAGGAAGCCGAGCGGGGAGAUGGCGCGAUGGAAGCUUGCCAACUGCAAGGCGCCGAGCUCUUAG